GGUGGAUUUGAAGUCAGGAAUGAUCGUGGGGACGGAGACCAUGCUCCGGGGGAACGAGUCGUCAUGGAAGCUGGAGACACAGUGUGUUGAGAAACUGCUACAUCGGUUGAAGGACGAGAAAAACCUCAUAAUCGCAGAGGUUGUGCAUGAUGACUGUGGCGCGGUUGACGUCAUAUUGUGGCGAAUGAACAUUGACUCACAAAAGUGUAUGUGGCAUAAGGCGAAGACUUUGGUCAAACGAUUGCGAGAGGCUGUGCGCGGCACGAAGACUGUCAAACCAGCUGCAGUCGUUGCUUGCGAGCAUGUGCGAGAGGUGAAGUGUUUCACAAAUAAGGAGCUUGAACUUUGGCUCGAAUCGAAAUGUGUACACGUGGCAGGGGUGUCCACGAGAAAAAAGGAUGAACUUGUUGAGAUUGUUUGGGGCGUGCUCUUCCCCGACGAAGCAGGGAAAGCGUUGCGAGAUGAUGUCGUCGAGAUCGACGCGUUGCAAACAUCGCAUUGCAAUGCGGCAGAGGAGGCGAAGGAGUGGUUGUACGGCGCUUGCAGGCUGCGCGAGCGCGCAAAGGAUGACGAUGGCGAUGUGUUGGCCACGCAUGUGCAACACCUCGCCGAUCAUUGGGCCGGGGAUCACUCCUGUUGCGAUAAGGAGUUGUCCAACCUGUGCAAAGCGGCUGGGGGUCCGGACAGGGAUCCAUUGUACGAGGCGGGGGGGCGUGUUCAUCUCGCCGUCGCGCGCUGUCUUCAACAGUUCUCUUCGAAUACGAAGAUGGAGUGCUACACACGUGCGAGGAUGACCUUCAACAACGAGUGCUUCCACUCCGUGAUCAACAAGUACGCAACGAAAGUCGUAUGAAGCGCGCGUGUGUUGCACCGCUUUGGAGUGGAACAAAAAUAAACGAAUCAG